UUUUAAUAUUAUUUAGCUAUAUUUACUGAAAACAUUCAUUCAUUCAACGUAAACAGAACGUGAUACAACGAAACUAUCACUAGUUCUCAAAAAUGAAUAUUUUACCACAUAAAAGUUGGCAUGUGCGAACAAAGGAGAACAUCGCUCGUGUGCGAAAGGAUCAAGCAAAGGCUGCUGAAGAAGAAGCUGAAAAACAACGACGCAUCGCAGUUGCAGAUUAUGAAGCACGAAUUAAUUUAUUACGGAAACGAGCGACUGAAACAUCUACGGCGAACGAAAGUGAAGCAACUGCAAAUCAUGACGGGAAAAAUGAAAUUGUGUCUGCUUCCGAGCAUGUUGAUUUGUUUGAUGACCACGAAGAAAAACAACAAAAAGUCAAACCAAUGGACGAGGAGAAACGACUUGAGCAAGAAAAAUAUGAGAAGCAAAUCGGUUAUUUGACAUAUUUGGGACAAGAUACACACGAAUCACUUGGCACUCAAAGUUGGUAUAAUGAAGCACCAAAACGAGACCAACAAAGUUCAUACGAUGAUAGCGGUGAAAAAAUUGAAGUCGGCCUCAGAGUCAAGCACUUGCACGAUCCGAUGUUUCGGUUCUUGAAAAAACCAAUUAUUGUCGAAAGCAAAUCAAGCGACAAAAAUGUUCCAGUCACACAGCAAAGUGUAGAAGUAGAAAAAUCAACUAUUUUGGAGAAAUUAAAGUCGCUGAAAAAGUCACGGUCUCCAGAUGAAAAGCACAAGAAAACCAAAAGAUCCAAGGUGAAAAAAGAGAAGAAAGAAAAGAAGAACAAACAUAAAAAAGAGAAACGCAGGCGUAAGGAUUUAUCAAGCAAUAAUAGUGGUAGCGGUGACAGUGAUAGUGAAUCGGAACAAUUAAGACAACAUAAAUUACAAAUGUUACAAAAACUGAGAGAAGAACGAUUGCAGCGUGAACGGGAAGAGCAAAAUAGAACGAAAGAAUUGCUGAGAAUAAAGAAUCCCACUCUGUUGCCACCUGAGGAAUUGAAAAAACCAGAGGAGAAAGCAAUCAACGUAGAACCACGCAUGCCACCAAUGAAACAAAAGUAUAAUUCACAAUUUAAUCCAUAUUUAGCGAAGCAAAAUUACGGCAAUUAAAAAUAUAUGUAUAGAU